ACACAUGUUACAUAUUGCCAUGCUCACUGGAUUAGAGUGAUUCUAAGCCUUAUUUUGUUUAAGCAAAAAUUACAAACAUGUCUAUACUUACCUGCUGUGUGUAGUGGUUUUGCACAGAGCAGCCUGGAUCCUGCUCUUCCCGGGUCCCAUGCAGGCCCUCCCUCCUGUUGGGUGACCCCACAGCAAGCAGGCUGCUAUGGGGGCACCCGGUGCUCUGUCUGUUCAUUCACACAUGGAGCUGUGGCUUGGCCCCGCCCCCUCUCUUCUCAUUGGCUCACUGGCUGUGAUUGACAGCAGUGGGGAGCCAAUGGCUCCCACGUCUGUCUCAGCCAAUGAGAAGAGGGAGUCCGGGGAUAGCCGAGACUCCAGUGCACAUUGCUGGAUCGAGAGGGGGCUUAGAAUGCAUGAAGGUAAAAAACCUUGAUCCUUUGGAACCGCUUUAA